AGAUCGCUGCCUGCCGUCCCUCGGCGCAGCGGAUCCCGGUGUCAGGCCGCGGCUCUCCUGCAGUUCCAGAGCCCCAGGGUGUCGGAGCUCAAGGGAGCCCCGGGAUCGCCCGGUCAGCCCCGGUCCUGCACACCCAGCCCCGCAGUGCCACCCUGCUCUGGGAGCGCUGCCCCAACGCGGCUGCUCAGAUCGGUUCAUAUUUAAGUGCUUAUAUGGUUUCUGCUUGUGGGCUCAUUACUCUGCUUUGUUCCUGGUUGUAUUUUACUCCUUUAUUGCUGGAGUUUCCUUCAUGAACUCUGGGUUGAGGAAGCAGCCCUGUCUGCUGUGCAGGGGAUGCCCCAGAGGCAGAUCGGAGAUCUCCAGCACAUCCCUGCCUGUUUGUUUGGUGACAGAGUUGCAGAAUUAAACCUGUGUUACCCUGCAGCAUCCACUGAGAAUGUGCUGCUGUAGGAGGGGUCUUGCUGAAAUACAAAAAAAUGGGUGAACCUUAAUUCCCGGCUGUUAAAUCUUUCUUUCCACUUCUUAGGAGGAUCAAUUAAGACAUGGCAGAAGCGGUUUUCCACCCCCCAAAAAGGAAAAGAAGAGUUUUCGAGUCCUACAAGGCUCCCUUUCCUGUGGAUGUGGGGGGGAAGGAUUUCAGACUCUGCCAGGCUGAGAUCAUUAACAACAAUGUGAUUGUGAGGAACCCCAAGGAUAUUGAACAGCUCUACAACAAGGGCUAUUUUGGCAAAGGGAUCCUCUCCAGGAGCCGGCCAGUGUUCAGCAUUUCAGAUCCUCAGCUGGUGGCCAAGUGGAGAGGUGUUAACACAAACAUGCCCAUAAUUACAUCUCAAAAGUACCAGCGCCGCGUGCGGUGGGCUCAGAGUGUGCUGCAGGAGCAGGGCCUGGACAGCUGCUCCAUCAGCAGAAUCCUGGAGAGUUACACCCAGCCCCUGGGGCUGCCCUUCUGCAGAGGGGAUGGGGAUGGACAGACUGGGCACAGCUGCACCACAGGGAGCCCAGGAAAUGCAGAAGUGUGCAGGAAAUCUGGCAGGGAAGGAGCCCAAAGCCCUGAGGGUCAGAACCAGCACUCCAAGGAGGGAGGAGAUGCAGCCCUGGAUCCUGGGAGUGCCUCCAGGGACCAGGAGCAGAGGGAUCCCAGGGAAAUGGCUGAAGGGUCCUGCCACAGGGACCCUCCUGUGCCCUGGGGCUGCAAGGGGAAGCAGAGCCCUGAGCAGAGGGCUUGGGAGGGGAUGGACUCCAGGGUAUGUGCUGCAGAAUAUGUGCUGGUGCAAGAGGAGGAAGAAGGCAGCUCCUGUCCUGAAGAUGACUCCACUCAUGCACAAGAGAAUCUUGUCAAGAAGGAAGUAUUAGUAUGCAGAAAAAACCCAUUUAGGAUUUUUGAGUACUUACAACUCAGCUUGGAAGAGGCUUUUUUCUUGGUGUAUGCUCUGGGAUGUUUAAGUAUUUAUUAUGGAGAGGAGCCCCUGAGCAUCGUGAAGCUGUGGGAAGUGUUCAGUGAGGUGAAGCCUGAUUUCAAAACCACCUACAUGGCCUACCACUACUUCAGGGGCAAGGGCUGGGUGCCCAAGGUGGGGCUGAAGUAUGGCACGGAUCUCUUGCUGUAUCGGAAAGGGCCCCCGUUCUACCAUGCCAGUUACUCUGUCAUUGCUGAGUUGGUGGAUGAUAAUUUUGAAGGUUCCCUUCGCAGACCCCUCAGCUGGAUGUCCCUGUCUGGGCUGAACAGAACAAAUGCAAAUGCUUCCAAGGAGCUCAUGCUGUGCUACUUGAUCAGACCUUCUGACAUGACUGCAGAGGAGAUGGCAACCCCAGAGUGCAUGAAGAGAAUCAAGGUCCAGGAGCUGAUCGUGUCUCGUUGGGUUUCCUCCCGUGAGCGCAGCGAGCAGGAUGAAUUUUAACUGAUGCACAAGAAAACCUCACUUGUUAAAAACCACUUCUUGGUGGUUUUUACCUGAUCUCGUGAUGAACUGCUGCCUCAGAACAUUUUCUGCCAACAUAAAAUGGUGUGGAUAAAUGCUGUUUAAAAUGA